GUUUCGAGUGCAAAACCCACCACCACCAAGGCACCUCUCUCCCCUUUGUAGAUUUACUCAAAACCCAGAAAACCCAUUAUCGAAAGUCGCUUUCUUCCCAUGUGACUUUCGAUUGACUUUUCUUCGUCUCCCUUUUCUUCCCUGGUGAAUUAGGGUUUGCUUCUUUUUCUUUUUCUUUUUUCCAAUAGCAGAUAGCCGAGAGAGUCAGGGAGGUGGAGACCCAUUUCGGGGUUCUCUCUUUUUUUUUUAUGUAAGUUUUUUUUGUGCUUGUGAUGCUCUUUUUCUUGUGUUCUGAUGAUGUUUCUCUCCAUUUUUGACGAAUCCGGUACUCUAUUUGAUUUCUCGAUCUCCGAUGGUGUUUUGCUCGAUCCGGUCAACCGAUCUGAAGAGAAAAACGUCCGUGUGGAAGAUGAUGAUGUUCAGCGAGAUGGGUAUGUGUGGGAACAUGGAUUUCUUCUCCUCCGCAUCUCUCGGAGAAGUGGAUAUAUGUCCUGCCCCACCGGCCGAGACAGAGCCGGAAGAACCGGUCGUGGAGGAUGACUAUACCGACGAAGAGAUGGACGUGGAUGAACUGGAGAGGAGGAUGUGGAGGGACAAACUCCGUCUGAAACGUCUCAAGGAGCAGACCAAGACUCCGGAAGGAGCCGAUGCCGCCAAGAGGAGGCAGUCGCAGGAGCAAGCCAGGAGGAAGAAGAUGUCGAGGGCGCAAGACGGGAUCUUGAAGUACAUGCUGAAGAUGAUGGAAGUGUGUAAAGCUCAAGGAUUUGUCUACGGGAUCAUCCCCGAGAAGGGGAAGCCAGUCACGGGUGCUUCGGAUAAUCUCCGCGAGUGGUGGAAGGAUAGGGUGAGGUUUGAUCGGAAUGGUCCGGCUGCUAUCGCUAAGUACCAAGCCGAGAAUAAUAUCCCGGGGUGCAACGAGGGUAGCAAUCCGAUCGGGCCGACACCCCACACGUUGCAAGAACUCCAAGAUACGACUCUUGGAUCCCUCCUGUCGGCUCUGAUGCAACACUGUGAUCCUCCGCAGAGGCGGUUUCCGUUAGAGAAGGGAGUUCCUCCACCGUGGUGGCCAACGGGAAUGGAGGAGUGGUGGCCUCAACUCGGUUUACCAAAAGAUCAAGGCCCUCCACCUUACAAGAAACCUCAUGAUUUGAAGAAGGCGUGGAAAGUCGGUGUCUUGACUGCAGUUAUCAAGCAUAUGUCACCCGAUAUUGCUAAGAUCCGUAAGCUCGUGAGGCAAUCCAAGUGCCUGCAGGAUAAGAUGACGGCCAAAGAGAGCGCUACUUGGCUUGCAAUCAUCAACCAAGAAGAGACCCUUGCUCGGGAACUUUAUCCCGAGUCCUGUCCGCCUCUUUCCUCAACUGGAGGAAGCGGGUCUCUUCUCAUUAACGACUGCAACGAGUAUGACGUUGAAGUUGUCGACAAGGAGCCCGUUUAUGAUGUGGAAGAUCACAAACCGGAGAGAGUGAUCAGUCCUCCAAACUUUCCGAUGCCUAAAAUGCAUAUGAUCCAACAACAUUUCCCGGUCAAGGAAGAAGUCACGGGUGGAAACUUGGAAUUCACGAGAAAGAGGGGACCGAACAGUGAUCUAAACCCGAGGCUGGACAGAAGAGUCUUCAACUGUGAGAACCGUCACUGUCCUCACAGCCAAAUCAAUCUGGCGUUUCUGGACAGGACUUCCAGGGACAACCACCAACUGGUGUGUCCGUACAGAGAGAGCUCCAUAGCAUACGGAGCAAUGGCGAAGUUCCAUGUCGGUGAAGUAAAACCCCAACCCUCUCAGCCGAGACCAGCGGUGGCAACCGUUAACUCAGCGGUCCGACCAUUCGACCUAUCAGGAGUUGGAGUUCCGGAGGAUGGGCAGAAGAUGAUAACUGAGCUCAUGUCCAUUUAUGACAGGAACGUCCAGAGCAACCACCAAACUGCUUCAAUGGUGGAGAAUCAGAACAUAACAACACUUCAGCCAAAACCCCAGAAUCAUCAACAACAACAACAACAGCAGCAGUUCAACCACAGCACGGGAAACACAAUCCAAGGGAGCUUCUUCGAAGACUUGCUCAUCCCCAACGGCAACAGCAACAGCAACGGUAAUAGCAACAGCAAGAACAUGUUUUUGCAGGGGAAUAACAUGUUCAAGUUCUCAAACCCCCAAUUCGAAGCUGCCCACAACAACAACAGCAGCAACAACAACAACAACAACACUAACAGUGGAUUUCAGUUAGUGUUCGAGUCUACGCCAUUCGAUCUGGCUUCAUUUGAUUACAGAGAUGAACUGCAGGCAGUAGGAAUCGAUGGAAUGGCAAAACAGCAGCUACAGCAGCAGCAGCAGCAAGAUGUAUCUAUAUGGUUUUAAAGCAUAUAUAUAUAUAGUGUCAUCUGUUGUAUACUUCUCUCUACGAACACAUCUUCUUCUUCUUCUUCUGAUUCUGGUUACUGUAUUUUUCUUACAUCUUGAUGUAAUGUAACAUUCUGGUUCUUGUUGUGAUGUGUUUGUAGCCACUCU